AUGAGCCGCCGCGGAGCGCGGGCGGACGAUGGAACUCCACAUUCUGGAGCACCGGCUGCAAGUUGCCAGCGUCGCCAAGGAGAGCAUCCCGCUCUUCACCUACGGCCUGAUCAAACUUGCCUUCCUGUCCUCCAAGACCAGGUGCAAGUUCUUCAGUCUGACUGAGACGCCGGAGGAUUACACCAUCAUUGUUGAUGAGGAGGGGUUCCUGGGUAAGUACUUCUGUCACCCGGGCUCGGCUGGACUGUGGCCUGUGGUCAGUGUUGGCUGCCCACCACCUUAUUUCCGCCCCCGCCCGCCGCCUUAUUCUGCCCACCGCCCGCUGCCUUAUUUCUGCCCCCGCCCGCUGCCUUAUUUCUGCCUCCCCACCCAUUGCCUUACUUUUGCCCCCCUCUCCUUCUGGCGAGUGGGUUAGAAAGUCAGCAGAGUCUGUUUUCUUCUCUCCCUGCGCCCUGCCUCCCCCACGUCCUCUCAGUUUUAUUUAGUAAAGUGCAUUAUGUUGGUCCUGGUCUCACGCAACAGUGAACAUUGGUUUGCGCUGACCACUGCACGCUAAUUUAUGAGGAGGUGGUGUUAUGUGCAUCACACCGGUGGGGAGCUGCAAGCGGAGGGGAAGUCACAUGCCCAGGCUCACAAGCCACCGAGCAGGGCUCCCCCGAGAGCUGGCGUUCCCGCCGAGCCCCUCCGUUCCGUUCUUACAAGCCUACAGAGAGUGCAACAGAUUCCACAUUUUUAUAAAAACCCUCUUCCGCCCCGAAGACAACUCCUGGUCCCUCUUUCGUGUUUCUCUUUCCAGUUUUACUGGGCAUGAGUUGUCUCUUUUUCAUUUGCGUGCGAUCAUAUUCUGGAGAGAAAUGUUUGCACCUGACGUUGUAACGUACAGUUUCCUCUCGCGGUCCACGUCGUGGUGGAUGUGGCCUGCCUCCUUGCCCGGUGCCCUACGCUUAGAAUCCAAGUGGGGUUUCAUGGUUCUCCAGGGAUAAAUUUAUGAACUCCUGAAAUGUGUGACCUUUAUUCU